GAUAGAUCGUGACUGUAGAGGCUGUGUGGAAGCAGACGCGUUAAAUGUUUCUGUGCACCUUGCUGUUGUCGUUUGCUGUUGCUGCUAAUAGCAUUAGCCAAGACAGUAUCAUAUAUUUCCGUUUGCUAAUGACCAGUCAUGACUGUGUGAAUGUGGAACUUAAAAGAUAACUAUUCGUGUCAUUAUUGGACCUUAAAGCUGAAGUUGACGCAUUAUAUUCCAGUACACCAGCUAGCCAGUCAGCUAACUUUUGCUGUUGUGUUACUAGUGAGCUAAUCUAGCUAAGAAACCUGGCUAACAGCUGCGUCUCUUUGGGUGAAUUAUACCUGAAUAACUCGUAAUCAGUUUUAUCUUUGUGAUGCGCUUAACAAAACCUACACUCUUCACAAACUUGCCAGUAACGUGUGAGGAUCGAGAUCUGCCAGGGGAUUUGUUUGGUCAGCUUAUGAGGGAGGACCCCUCCACCAUCAAAGGAGCAGAGAUGUUAAUGCUUGGGGAGAUGCUUACGUUACCACAGAACUUUGGAAAUAUUUUCCUCGGAGAGACCUUCUCCAGUUACAUAAGUGUGCACAAUGACAGCAACCAGGUUGUGAAGGACAUCCUUGUGAAGGCUGAUCUACAGACCAGCUCACAGAGGCUCAAUCUCUCAGCGUCAAAUUCCGCAGUAGUAGAACUCAAACCUGAAUGUUGCAUUGAUGAUGUUAUCCACCAUGAAGUCAAAGAAAUUGGAACACACAUCUUAGUUUGUGCAGUUAGCUACACCACUCAGUAUGGGGAGAAGCUCUAUUUUCGGAAGUUCUUCAAAUUCCAGGUUUUGAAGCCGCUGGAUGUGAAGACAAAGUUCUACAAUGCAGAGAGUGACCUCAGUUCUGUGACAGAUGAAGUGUUCCUGGAGGCUCAGAUCCAGAACAUCACCACCUCGCCAAUGUUCAUGGAGAAGGUCUCUCUAGAGCCCUCCAUGAUGUACAACGUGACAGAGCUCAACACAUGUGGAGAUCAAAGAGAGUCCACAUUUGGGAAAAUGUCCUACCUGCAGCCCAUGGACACACGGCAGUACUUGUACUGCUUGAAGCCAAAGCCAGAGUAUGCAGAGAAAGCCGGCGUCAUCAAGGGUGUGACUGUGAUAGGCAAGCUCGACAUCGUAUGGAAGACAAAUCUUGGGGAGAGGGGGAGGCUACAGACCAGUCAGCUACAGCGAAUGGCUCCGGGCUAUGGAGAUAUCAGGCUAUCUUUGGACGUGAUUCCUGACACUGUCAACCUUGAAGAACCAUUUGACAUCAUCUGUAAAAUCACCAACUGCAGUGAAAGAACCAUGGACCUGGUGCUGGAGAUGUGUAACACCCGGUCGAUCCACUGGUGCGGCGUAUCAGGCCGACAGCUUGGGAAACUUAGCCCUGCUGCCUUCCUCUCCGUCCCCCUCACGCUCUUCUCCUCUGUCCAGGGUCUGCAGAGCAUCUCUGGACUGAGACUCAAAGACACAUUUCUGAAGAGGACAUAUGAAUAUGAUGACAUUGCACAAGUGUGUGUGAUCUGCCCGUAUACGAGCAACGAGAGCUAAUCGUUUUAUUCACCUUUUGCAUUUUAGACAUGAAUGGACCAACUGUGGAAUUCUGCAUGUAAUGCUGAUAUUUCACUCUUUUUGCAACCUGAGGGGAUAAUUUUGUAUUUUAAAAUGAGUUGUGAAUAUUAUAAAUCUAUUUCUUUGAAAAUAAUUAUGUAAAUGUUAAAUAACAUAACUGUUAAUAAAUUCUCUGUAAUCUUAGGUUGGCUAUAGCUUUUAAAAACACAUUUAAUGGCAUCCAAGGCUUUUGUUGUCAUUAAAAUACUCCAGAGAUGGAGACGAGGGGA